CGCAGCUUGAACACAAACCUCUCUCUCUCUCCUCUCGUUUUCUCUCUCUAAAAACCGCUUCACUCUCUCUCCAACCGAAAAAAAAUGGCCACAGCUUCUAGAAAGUCGUCAGCUACCGGAUCGGUCCUCCGGUCCACCGCCUCACCCUCACUAUCCGGAAGAUUCUACACCUCCCACUCCACCGGCUUCGCCUCCUCCACAUCCAGCUUCUCCUCCCGCACCGCCGGCGGCUUCUUCACACGCGCCGCCUCUCCCCCGCGCGUGAGCCUCGCCAGGCCUUCUCCUUCGGCUCAGUCCGUCCGGUUCUCCCUCCUCGAUCGCCCUACCUCCCCCAACCGCUCCAUCUCUGUCUCGCCGCACGGCUCCGGCAGCCACCACCGGAGCGCGAUGAAGAAGCAGAUCAACACCCCGAAGCGGACCUGUAUGUGCUCUCCUACUUCGCACCCAGGCUCGUUCCGGUGCAGCCUCCACAAGAACACCAAUUUCGGCUCGUCGUCGAGGUCCGCCUCCGCCGUGCCGUACUCGCAGAACCGCCUCAACGCUCGGAGAUCGGCGAUGACGAACUCCUUGGUCCGAAUCGGCGGCGUCGAAGGCGAAAUCGUCAAGCGAGCCCUGGCCGCUCUGAUCCGUCCCUCCUCCCACAGCCAGCGCCGCCGCGCCGACUUCCGUCCCAGGCCGAGCCGGCUCUCCACCAUGUCAAAGUGCAGCGAAUAAUUAACUCCGAUCAUCGGAAACAAAAUUUUGAACAUAUUGAAGCGUAUUUCGGUACGUUUGCCCUAGUCGGAUCCUAAUAUUGUUGGAAUUCUCCGGCAAAUCGCCGCCGCGUGCGGCGCCAUCCGGCGAUAGUGAACUGAUGGAUUUGGGAUGAUUCGGAACGGACUUGGUUUUUAUGUGUCCUCCGGUGACCGAACUGCUAUAGAGGACUCAUAAUUGUUAGUGAUAAGAUGAAGGUUCUAGGCCCUUUUGUGUAUAUACAAUACAAAAUUAUAUGUAUCUUCUUGGCGCUGCGCCAUUGUUGGCCUUCUCCAAGCCCAGCUUUCCAGGA